UCAGCGAGGUCGACCCCUCAUAGACAGUAUCUUGCCGACUUUCAAACAACACUUGCAAUGGCUCGUACCAAGCAGACCGCUCGUAAAUCCACCGGAGGAAAGGCUCCUCGCAAGCAGCUGGCCACCAAGGCUGCUCGAAAGAGUGCUCCAGCCACCGGAGGUGUGAAGAAGCCUCAUCGGUACCGGCCAGGAACCGUCGCUCUGCGUGAGAUCCGCCGUUACCAGAAGUCAACCGAACUGCUGAUCCGCAAGUUGCCUUUCCAACGUCUGGUCCGUGAAAUCGCUCAGGACUUCAAGACCGAUUUGCGCUUCCAGAGCUCGGCCGUCAUGGCCCUGCAGGAAGCCAGCGAGGCCUAUCUGGUCGGUCUGUUCGAAGAUACGAAUCUGUGCGCCAUCCAUGCCAAGCGUGUCACAAUCAUGCCAAAGGACAUCCAGCUGGCUCGUCGUAUCCGUGGUGAACGUAGUGCGCCCCUGACGCUUCAGAGCGUAGACAACGUCCAUGGCCGUGACGGUUUUACGCUUGGCAUGUUCAGUGUAGGUGACGGCAUCCCGGAUCACAUUUUCAAGGAAAACCUUCAGAACACCUCGGGUUUCCUCGUAAAUCAGACCCGAGAUACGCUUGACACCACCACGACGAGCCAGACGACGGAUGGCGGGCUUGGUAAUACCCUGGAUGUUAUCACGCAGAACCUUGCGAUGACGCUUGGCACCUCCUUUACCGAGUCCUUUGCCUCCCUUGCCACGUCCAGUCAUUUUUUAUGCUGUUUGAUACUGUCUUCGGAUACGGUUGAAACGAAUCAUCGACUCAUCGUUUUCGCAUCGAAAAUAAGCAUAAUGGCUCGUACUAAGCAGACCGCUCGUAAGUCCACCGGAGGCAAGGCUCCUCGCAAACAACUGGCCACCAAAGCCGCUCGCAAGAGCGCUCCAGCCACCGGAGGAGUGAAGAAGCCUCAUCGGUACCGGCCAGGAACCGUCGCCCUGCGUGAGAUCCGCCGUUACCAAAAAUCAACCGAACUGCUGAUCCGCAAGUUACCUUUCCAACGUCUGGUCCGUGAAAUCGCUCAGGACUUCAAGACCGAUCUGCGAUUCCAGAGCUCGGCCGUCAUGGCCCUGCAGGAAGCCAGCGAGGCCUAUCUGGUCGGUCUGUUCGAAGAUACCAACCUGUGCGCCAUCCACGCCAAGCGUGUCACGAUCAUGCCAAAGGACAUCCAGCUGGCUCGUCGUAUCCGUGGUGAACGCGCUUAAAUCUCUCCGUCGCAACCUUAAAAAACGGCCCUUUUCAG